UAUGACAUAUCUGAAGUGCAACAGUUGGCUCGACUGUCCAUCACACAGCAGGGAGAACUUUGGAACCAUGAGAGGAGUCAGGAUCUUUCUGGAAUGGGUGAUACCAUGGCUCAUCCCAAUACUUGGACUAUCGGCAGCCUCCUCAGCAAUGGUCCAAGUGUCAAAAAUGGUGAUAAGAGCAGAAGGGAGAGACUCCCACAUCAACCAAUUCUGCAGCACAUGGGGAAACUUCCAUUACAAGACUUUGGAUGGAGAUUUCUUCCACCUUCCCUCCUCCACCUGUAACUACAUCCUCACAUCCCAGUGUAAGGGCACCUAUGAGAGUUUCAAUAUUCAGCUCCAGCGACAAGAGGUGGACGGCGUAAUCAGCAUCAAGAGGAUUCUGAUGAAACUGGAUGGAAUCAUGGUUGAGUUAUCCAACGCUUCGGUUAAGGUCAUGGAUAAACCUGUCUCCAUACCGUUCAGCGAUAGCAGCAUUUCAAUUGAGAAAACCAAGUCCUACAUUAAAGUUUCAGCAAAGUUGGGUCUAGUUUUUAUGUGGAAUCAGGAGGACUCUCUCUGGGUGGAGCUAGAAGCCAAAUAUAAGAAUCAAACAUGUGGCCUUUGUGGAGACUUCAAUGAAAUCCGUCAUGAUGAGUUCUUCCAGUCAGGGACUCCCAUAAGUCCUGAUGAAUAUGCAGAGGAAUGGAAAGUUGAUGGUCCCACUGAAACCUGUAAAGUAGUCUCUUCUCAUGCUGAAGAAAAUUGCCCAGAAAAGACAGAUCUCUGCAAGAACCUGCUGAGUGGACCUGCUUUCCGAAGCUGUCGCAACCUGGUCGACACGGACUCCUUCUUUAAAGCCUGUGAGAAAGACUUGUGCUACUGCAAGAGCAACGACAGUGCAUGCUUGUGUUCUACCGUAUCCGAAUACUCCCGCCAGUGCGCCCAUGCAGGUGGACAUCCACAGCAGUGGAAAACUAAACAACUCUGUGAAAAAAGCUGUCCUUUCAACAUGGAGUAUAAGGAGUGCGGUAGUCCCUGCACUGAUACCUGCAGAUACCGGCAGCAAAGCCAGCUGUGUGAUGAGCACUGCAUCGAUGGAUGCUUCUGUCCUGCUGGAACCAUCUUUGAUGACAUCACACAGAGUGGAUGUGUUCCUGUUGAGCAGUGUCCAUGUUUCCAUGCAGACCAGAUAUACAACCCUGGAGAUUCAGUCAUGAUGUCGUGUAAAAAUUGUACGUGUUCAAAGGGUGAGUGGAGCUGUGUACAAGUAAGCUGUCCGGCUAUGUGCUCCAUCCGCGGAGGCGCUCACUUCAUCACCUAUGAUGAGAAGGCAUAUGAUUUCCAUGGAAAAUGUUCCUACGUUUUGUCCAAGGAUGAAAGCAAUACUUUUUCUGUGCUUGGUGUUUUUGACAAAUGUGAAAAAUCUGAGAAAUCAACUUGUCUUUCUGCCGUUACUCUGAGGUACCAAAAUCGCACGGUAAGAUGUCUUUGUGGCGAUUAUAACGAUGACUCAGAAGACGACUUUAAAACUACAAGUGGAUUAACUGAGAGAACAGCUGCGUCAUUUGCCAACACAUGGCGGGCCAAAACAGACUGCCCUGAGGUAAAAACGGAACUAGCCGACCCCUGCACUACAAGCAUGGAAAAGCAGAAAUAUGCCAAAGAAUUGUGCUCGCAUCUGUCAAACAAAAGCGAGGUUUUUGGACCUUGCCAUUCUAAAAUAGACCCAGAAGAAUAUGAAACUUCUUGCGUUUAUGACACUUGUGCUUGUGAAAACAGUGAAGACUGUCUGUGUGCUGCCUGGUCAUCAUAUGUCCAUGCAUGUGCUGCUGAGGGGGUGAUCCUGGAGGGAUGGAGAAAAGAUACCUGCAAAAUCAGCUCCUGCCACGCUGGGAAAUUACAUUGUAAAGGACAACAAAAAAGCCAGUCAUGCAUCAGUCCAAUGGUGUUCUUCAACUGCUCCGAUGCAAAGUCGGGCGAAAAGGGAUCAGAGAGCCAGAGGAGCUGUCAGACACUCGACUCUGAAAGUGUAAGUUCCCAGUGUGUCUCUGGGUGUGUGUGUCCCAGUGGCCUGCUGUCCAAUGGGAUUGGAGGCUGUGUGAACGAGGAGGACUGUCCCUGCCCACAUGGUGGAAAAUAUUACAAUCCAGGAGAAGAAAUCACUGACGACUGCAAUAAAUGCAAAUGCAGAAACAGGAAAUGGGAAUGCACUAAAAAUGACUGUGGUGGGACCUGUACCAUUUAUGGAGAGGGGCAUUACAUCACUUUUGAUCAAAAGAAAUUUGCAUUCAAGGGGGAGUGUGGCUAUAUUUUCUCUCAGGAUUACUGUGGAGACAAUGUGAAUGGUACCUUCAGGAUCCGCACUGAAAACAUCCCUUGCUCAGAAGGUGAAACUAUUUGCUCCACUAGCAUCAAACUCUACCUUGGGAGCAAAGAAAUCCUUCUGUCAGAUGAAAGCAUCUCAGUGAUCAGCCAAAGCAAAGAGAUGGACAUACCUUUUAAAGUCCACACUAUGGGGAUAUAUGUCGUCAUUGAGGCAAAGAAUGGUGUUAUUCUCAUCUGGAAUAAGAAAACAACACUAAUGAUUAAACUCAGCUCUGCAUUCAAGGGUAAAGUCUGUGGCCUGUGUGGGAAUUACGAUGGGGCCAUCAGGAAUGAUUUCACCACAAGAAGCAAUGAAAUAGUAGUUAAUCCAACAGUGUUUGGAAACAGCUGGAAACUGUCCUCCACCUGCCCAGAUGUAAACAUAACACAGAACCCCUGUGCCCUGUACUCUCACAGACGCGCAUGGUCAGAAAAACACUGCAACAUUAUCAAAAGUGAAGUGUUUUCUGCCUGCCACAAUAAGGUGGAGCCAAACCAGUACUAUGAUGCUUGUGUGGCAGAUACAUGCUCCUGUAAUGCAGGAGGGGAUUGUGAAUGUUUCUGCUCAGCUGUAGGAGCAUAUGCAGCCGCAUGCAUUGAGGCUGGAGCCUGCGUGAGAUGGAGAACCCCCACCAUCUGUCCUCUGUUCUGUGACUAUUACAACCCUGAUGGAGAGUGUGAGUGGCACUAUGCUCCAUGUGGAAAACCAUGCAUGAAGACAUGCAGAAAUCCUUCAGGAAAAUGCAGCGAUAAAAUUCCAGCACUGGAAGGCUGCUAUCCAACAUGCCCACAUGGACAACCUUACCUAGAUGAAGCUAAAAUGAUGUGUGUCUCUGGCGAAGAGUGUGGCUGCUAUGAUACAGAUGGAAAACAUUAUAAGGAGGGAGAGUCAAUGCCUGCCAGUGAAAACUGUUAUAAGUGCAAUUGUUCCUCAAUGUUGUCAAGGUGCAUAUUUGAUGUGAAUGCUUGCACCUGUGUCUACAUGAACAGAACAUACAAGUAUGGAGAAAUAGUUUAUGAAACACAUGAUGGAAAUGGAACCUGCAUCACUGCUGUUUGUAGAGAGAAUGGAACCAUCGUUAGAAGAUUGAUAUCUUGCCAACAUACAACUACAAAUCUCCCAGAGACAACACCAGUCUUUGUAUUUACCACAAGUGAAAGAACUACGACACACCCAACUAUUCCAACUAAACCUAUUAGUACUUUCACAACUCAGUCUGUAACAACAAUUCUGACUUUCUCAACUCCAAGAGUUUCUACAAAAUCUAAAACAACAACAUUACCAGUGUUCACAUCAUAUCCAAUUUCAUCAACCACUUCAGCCCCUAAAACAUAUACAACUAAAAUAGCAGCAACAACAACCCCUCACAAAAUAGUAGAUACCACAGCAACAAUCACAACAUUUCACACCGAAGCAACUACUACCCCACCUGAACCAACUACAACCAAUGACUGCCUUAUUUGCACGUGGUCAGAAUGGAUUAACAAUGAUUACCCUGGAGAUGGUGACACCGAAGGGGAUUAUGAAAGACUUGCAAACAUUUCUAAUCCUGAUUUAAGUCUUUGUAAAACACCUUUAGAAAUUAAGUGCCGAGCCACACCGUAUAAAGAUUUGACACUAGAGGAUUUAGAACAACAAGUAACCUGCAACCCUACAGAGGGACUGGUUUGUAAUAAUAAGGAUCAGACAAAAUGGCCUAAAUCAUCAACUUCUCAUAUUGGAACACCUACCCCAACAACAGGAACUCAAAAUACAGAAACCACACCAAAUACAGAAAGAAUCACCAAAACACCGUACAUAGGGACACCUACCCCAACAACAGGAACUCAAAAUACAGAAACCACACCAAAUACAGAAAUAAUCACCACAACACCGUACAUAGGGACACCUACCCCAACUAUGGGAACUGAAAAAACCACAACACCUCAUACAGAAACUGUCACGGCAACAACAGGCGCUAAAACACAAACUAUUAUAACCCAAAAACUUACCACCAUACCUUACACCAGUACACUCAAAACUGAAACCUCAGGUAUUACAGAAACCUACACCACAAUCAUCACUGAAAAACAGACAACACCUGGAAGCCCAAUUCCUACAACCGUUGUUAAAACAACAGAGAGACCUACAACAACUUUGUGCUCCUGCAAAUACAUGAAUCAGACCUUCUCACCUGGUAGCAUAAUGUACAACGAGACUGAUGGAGGCGGGUGGUGUUUCACUGCAUAUUGCAGUUUGGAAUGCAAUGUGGAUAAGCAUGCCAGACAAUGUCACACAACAACUCCACCAAGUCCUCUGGUUACUACAACAGGCUCAUCCACAACACCUACAACGAGGGAUUGCUCAUUUCUUACACCACCUAGAGAGAAUGGUGAAUCAUGGAGUCCAGACAAAUGCACCAGUAGCACCUGUAAGGAAGGCAAAGUGAUUACAGAACACACACCAUGUAAAACACCAUCUAAACCAGUUUGUGAAAAUGGUAACCCACCUGUUAAGAUUUAUGAUGAAGACGGCUGUUGUUUUCAGUACGAAUGCAAAUGUGUUUGCUCUGGCUGGGGAGAUCCUCAUUACAACACAUUUGAUGGACAAUAUUACAGUUUCCAGGAGAACUGCACAUACGUCCUGGUCAAAGAGAUAAAGCCCAAAUACAAUUUAACAAUUCUCAUUGACAAUGAAAACUGCGAUCCUUCUGGAACGGUGACCUGCCCUAAAGCUUUGAUUGUAUAUUAUAAAAAUUAUAAAGUGACUCUUACACAAAUAAGACAUCCAAAAACUGUGAACAAGUUGUUGAUUAAUGAUGAGGAGGUGACUCCAACCUACUCAAAUGAAGACUUCAUCAUUACAUCCUCAAGAAUUGAGCUGCUCAUGAAAAUCCCAAAGAUUGAAGCCGUGAUCACAUUUAGAGGGCUUUUAUUUAGUGUUGACUUGCCAUUUUCACUUUUCCACGACAACACAGAGGGACAAUGUGGUUAUUGUGACAAUAACAAGACAAAUGACUGCAGACUACCAAAUGGUGCGAUCCAUCCAUUUUGCUCCAAGAUGGCAUAUGACUGGCUUACAGUGGAUAAAAAUAAACCUUACUGCCAAAACCAAACCAAGCCUUCUCCACCCACACCCACACAAGGACCAACAAAACUACCGUGCAACACAACUAUUUGUGAAAUCAUAAAGCACGAGAUGUUCAAGGAUUGCCACAAGAAAAUUCCAGCCGACUCAUUUUAUGAGGCAUGUAAAUUUGAUAAUUGCCACAUGCCAAACUCCAGCAUAGGCUGCACCAGUCUGGAGGCAUACGCCUUGAUGUGUGCUGAGGCUUCUGUCUGUAUAGACUGGAGGAACCUUGCAAAAGGACAGUGUGAUUACAAGUGUCCAGAGAAUAAAGUCUACAAGCCAUGUGGGCCAACUAUUGUAGAAUCUUGCAAUGCAGGAUACAAUAAUAAGCUCAAACAACAGUGUAGAGGAGAAGAAGCCACUUGCAGUGGAAUAAUGGAAGGAUGCUUCUGCCCAGAAGGAACCAUUUUGUUUGGUCCAGGCUCUGAAACUUGUGUCUCAUCCUGUUGCACUGGACCUGCUGGAGAACCUAAACAGAUUGGUGACACAUGGAGAAGUAAUUGCAAGCAGUGCAGUUGUGACAAGGACACACUGAGUGUUGUGUGUGAGCCUCUAGUGUGCCCUACACCAGAACCCAUAACGUGCACAGAGAAUGGUGAGGUGUUGGUGAACCGGACAGUGAACUGCUGCCAGGAACUAACAUGUGGUGAGUGCAUGUGUGCCAAGAGUCUCUAUCAACAGGAAAGCUGUACGCCUCGUUAUAACUGUCAGCUGCACAGGAACACCACCAAACUGCACAGAAAUAACUGUGAAUCUCUUGAGCCAGUGGAGCUCACAUUCUGUGAGGGAUCCUGCAUGGCAUCCUCUUCCAUGUACUCUGCGGAGGUCAACAAAAUCAUGCAUACAUGUACUUGUUGUCGAGAAGUUGCCACCAGCCAGAAAGAAGUGGAGAUGAAAUGUCAAGAUGGCAGUAUAAUUAAGCACAAAUAUACUUCAGUUGAUAAGUGCGAAUGCCGAGUUGCUGAGUGUAAAGAGUGGGCCAAACGUUAAAGAGACACAUGAGAAAAGUUAAAACGGAACAUUUAAGCUCUAUAGGGGAAAUAAUCUGCGGUUUCAAUAAGCGCUUGCAUGCUGAUGCUUUGAAAUACACAACUCUGAGGAUUAAACAAAUCCAGAAAGCAGAGGAGUUCUAGUCUGAAAUAUGCGUUUGGGUGGAGUAGCUUUCUUUAACUUUCAAUGCGUAGUUAUUUUUUGGGUGGCAGUAAAAUACUCUACGCUGUUUUAAACUUUUGCCUUUUGCCUCAAUAAAUUCUUAUUCAUCAAU